GGCGCUCGCCGCGCACCCGGCCCCCAGGCGGCUCGGCGGGUCCCCAGGGGUCUGCGGGCGGCUGCGCGGCUGAGGCGCCCGGGUGCGAUACCCGCAGCGGGCGGCGGGCAGCCAUGGCAGAGGCCGCAUCGCCGCACUUGUCGCUGCCCUCGGGGCUGCUGGAGCUGUGCGCGCUGCUGGGCGCCUCCCGGGACAGCCUCCGAGACCUCGAGCAGGUUGCUCAGCAAAAGGGAGUCAAACAUCUUCCUCCUCUUGAUCCAGAGGUCCUGUCCGUUUUUGUGCCUCCUUUUAUCAGUAAAGAGGAUGCUCAAACGGCCGGUGCCAACUGCGGCACUCUCGGUAAAACCCGGAGGCGCUCCUUGAGAAAGAAGAGAGAGAAGCCCAGACCAGAGCAGUGGAAGGGCCUCCCGGGGCCCCCCAGAGUGCCAGAGCCUGAGGAUGUCGCCGUCCCGGGUGGCGUGGACCUCCUCGCCCUGCCCCAGCUGUGCUUCCCAGGGGGUGUGUGCGUGGCCACUGAACCCCAGGAGGAUUGCGUCCACUUCCUGGUGCUGACCGACGUCUGCGGGAAUAGGACCUACGGCGUGGUGGCCCAGUACUACCGGCCCCUGCGUGAUGAGUACUUUUUCUACAAUGACAAAACGCCCUGGGAGUCGUCCCGUUUUGGCCUCUUCGUGCCCUUCGCGGUGUGCGUGGUCUCCAGGUUCCCCUAUUACAACUCCCUCAAGGACUGCCUCUCCUGUUUAUUGGCUCAUCUAAAGCUCUGUAAAUAUUUUGAAGUGGACAAUCGUAUAAAAGAUUUCGCAGCGAAGCUGUCUUUAAUACCCAGCCCGCCACCUGGACCACUCCAUUUGGUAUUUAACAUGACGCCGCUCCAGAUUGUGUUUCCUGCCCGAGCAGACCCCGAAAGCCCCAUCCUGGACCUGGACCUUCAACUGCCCUUGCUGUGCUUCCGGCCUGAGAAGGUGCUACAGAUCCUGACAUGCAUCCUGACGGAACAGCGGAUCGUCUUCUUCUCCUCGGACUGGGCUCUGCUGACGCUGGUCGCCGAGUGCUUCAUGGCCUACCUGUAUCCGCUGCAAUGGCAGCACCCCUUCGUGCCCAUCCUGUCAGACCAGAUGCUGGAUUUCGUCAUGGCCCCCACGUCCUUUCUCAUGGGCUGCCAUCUCGACCACUUCAAAGAAGUCAGCAAGGAAGCUGACGGUUUAGUUCUGAUAAAUAUUGAUCAUGGGAGCAUCACCUACUCCAAGUCCACGGACGAUAACGUGGACAUUCCUGAUGUCCCCCUCCUGGCGGCCCAGACGUUUAUUCAGAGGGUGCAGAGCCUCCAGCUCCACCACGAGCUGCACGCCGCCCACCUCCUCUCCAGCACAGACCUGAAGGAGGGCCGAGCCCACCGGCGGUCCUGGCAGCAGAAACUCAACUGCCAGAUACAGCAGACCACCCUGCAGCUGCUUGUGAGCAUCUUCAGGGAUGUAAAGAAUCAUUUAAAUUAUGAACACAGAGUCUUUAAUAGUGAAGAAUUUCUCAAAACCAGGGCUCCAGGGGACCAUCGGUUUUAUAAGCAGGUCUUAGACACCUACAUGUUCCAUUCUUUUCUCAAAGCCCGGCUCAACAGGAGGGUGGACGCCUUUGCUCAGAUGGACCUCGACACCCAGUCAGAGGAGGACAGAAUAAAUGGAAUGCUGCUAAGUCCAAGGAGACCGACCGUUGAGAAGAUAGCCUCUCGGAAGUCCUCGCACCUGCCCGUCACCCACAGGCGCAUGGUGGUCAGCAUGCCCAACCUGCAGGACAUUGCCAUGCCUGAGCUGGCACCCAGGAACUCCUCGCUCCGGCUGACGGACACCGCAGGCUGUAGGGGCAGCAGCGCAGUUCUGAAUGUCACGCCGAAGUCCCCAUAUACAUUCAAGAUUCCCGAAAUCCACUUUCCGCUGGAGAGCAACUGCGUGCAGGCAUACUAUGCUGACUUUGUCUCCAUGCUGAGCAACGCCAUGAAAUUUCUGGCCCCCGAUAACUCUCUGCUCCAGGCCCGUUAUUCGUACCUCCGAGGGCUUGUUUAUCUGAUGCAAGGACAGCUGCUGAACGCCCUCUUGGACUUCCAGAAUCUGUAUAAAACAGACAUACGGAUCUUUCCCGCUGAUUUGGUGAAGAGGACAGUGGAAUCCAUGUCUGCCCCCGAGCGGGCGCAGGCGGAGCAGGCGCCGGAGCUGAUGAGGCUCAUCAGCGAGAUCCUGGACAAGCCGCAUGAGGCCUCGAAGCUGGACGACCACGUGAAGAACUUCGAGCUGCCCAAGAAGCACAUGCAGCUGGGCGACUUCAUGAAGCGGGUCCAGGAGUCAGGGAUCGUGAAGGACGCCAGCACCAUACACCGGCUGUUCGAGGCCUUGACUGUAGGACAGGAGAAACAAAUCGACCCAGAAACAUUCAAAGAUUUCUACAACUGCUGGAAGGAGACGGAAGCAGAAGCCCAGGAGGUCAGUCAGCCGUGGCUGGUGAUGGAACACCUGCAUAAAAGCGAGUGUGUGUAUAAGUUGUCCAGCUCCGUCAAGACGAACCUGGGCGUUGGCAAGAUCGCCAUGACCCAGAAGCGCCUGUUCCUCCUAACUGAAGGAAGGCCAGGCUACGUGGAGAUUUCCACCUUCAGAAAUAUCGAGGAGGUCAAGAGCACCACUACUGCGUUUCUACUUCGGAGAAUACCCACUUUAAAAAUCAGAGUGGCAUCCAAGAAAGAAGUCUUCGAAGCCAACCUGAAAACCGAGUGUGACUUUUGGCACCUGAUGGUGAAGGAGAUGUGGGCUGGGAAGAAGCUGGCUGAUGACCACAAGGACCCUCACUACGUCCAGCAGGCGCUGACCAACGUCUUGCUGAUGGACGCCGUCGUGGGCACACUGCAGUCACCAGGCGCCAUCUACGCUGCCUCCAAGUUAUCCUACUUUGAUAAGAUGAGGAAGGAAAUGCCCAUGACGCUUCCGAAGACAACCCUGGAAACACUGAAGCAUAAAAUCAACCCCUCAGCGGGGGAGGCAUUCCCACAAGCGGUGGACGUGCUGCUCUACACUCCGGGGCAUCUUGACCCAGCCGAAAAAGUUGAAGAUGCUCACCCCAAGUUAUGGUGUGCUCUGAGUGAAGGCAAGGUGACCGUGUUCGAUGCUUCUUCAUGGACCAUCCAUCAGCACUCCUUUAAAGUGGGCACUGCGAAAGUGAACUGCAUGGUGAUGGCCGACCAGAACCAGGUGUGGGUUGGCUCGGAAGACUCCGUCAUCUACAUCAUCAACGUCCACAGCAUGUCCUGCAACAAGCAGCUCACAGACCACUGCUCCAGUGUCACGGAUUUGAUGGUGCAGGACAGACAGAAGGCACCCAGCGAGGUGUACUCGUGCAGCAUGGACGGCACGGUGCUGGCGUGGAAUGUGAGCACGCUGCAGGUGACCAGCCGCUUCCAGCUGCCGAGCAGCGGCCUCACGUCCAUCAGACUGCAUGGCGGCCGCCUGUGGUGCUGCACAGGUAACAGCAUCAUGGUCAUGACAACGAAUGGAUUCCUCCGUCAAGAAUUGAAGAUUGAGGAGAACUUCAAAGACACCAGUACCUCCUUCCUGGCUUUCCAGCUCCUUCCCGAGGAGGAGCAGCUGUGGGCGGCCUGUGCAGGAUGCAGCGAGGUUUACAUCUGGAGCCUGAAGGACCUGGCCCAGCCCCCGCAGAGGGUGCCCCUCGAGGACUGCUCUGAGAUCAACUGCAUGAUCCGGGUGAAGAAGCAGGUCUGGGUGGGCAGCCGAGGGCUGUGGCAGGGAACGCCGAAGGGGAAAAUCUACGUGAUUGAUGCUGAGAGGAAGACCGUGGAGAAGGAGCUGGUGGCGCACAUGGACACCGUGAGGACGCUAUGCUCGGCUGAGGACAGAUACGUGCUGAGCGGGUCGGGCAGGGAGGAGGGGAAGGUUGCCAUUUGGAAAGGGGAAUAAACGUGGCUGAGCCUGCCAAGUGGAACUGUGCCCUAUGUGUGGGGACUAGCUGCCCCCUAGAGUCCGCCAGGAGCAGAAGCCUGGAGGGGUGGCGGGGCAGGGCAGCCCAGGCUCAGCGUGGAGCCCGCUUACCGUGUGGCCAGCUGCGAGACCCAUGGCUACGCACCUUCUCUCAGGCCUUCGGGCCCCCUGGUUAAACUGCACCAAGGGUGUUUCCUGUUGGGGUGUGUCUCAGGCAGGCAGCUGCAUCUUGUUGGUGAUAACCUCUGCUGGGAGGUUACUUUGUGUGUUGCCUAGAAAGUUCUGGAAUCCACAACCAGGGGCUGGCACUGGAGCCACCAGCUUGGCCGAGUCACAGGUGACCCGCGGCCCUCACGUCUCUGGUUUUACCUUUCCUUACUUCAUUCAUUCACUCACCCAGUCCUUAUGAAUCACCGAUGAACACUGGGCUGGGCACAUGACAGUGAGCCGGGAGCCCCGAGGUCUCCAGCGAGGCCUGUGAGAAGGGUGGUUCAGGUAACCACUGUGGUCUCUCUCCCAUCAGAGAAGGUGGACAGGGCCUACCCAGGUGGAGGGGACCACCCCCCUGUGAUCAGGUGUUUGGGACAGGGGUUGGGCCAGCUGAGGCAAGCUGUCUUUUUCCCUUUUCAAUAGAUGCAAAAUUUUUAUAAUAAUCCUAGAGACCUUUUUUCUACCAAAGAUCACAGACCGGAAAGAGUUCCAUCUAAAAUAUCAUGCUCAGGAAACUACAUGGGAUCAAAAGUAAAAUAGCAUCACGUAUAAUCUCGUCUUCCAGUGUGCUGCUCAAUUUCCCCUGAAUCUGUGUGCACGCUGCGUAUAUGUACGCGCAGGAUGCUUUACUGAACUCAACAAGAUCUUAGCUGUACAUAAAUAUUUGCAAAAGAGACCCUUUGCACCUUUUUACUGUAAUGUUGAGAUUUCAUUACUUAAAUGUUCUAUGGAAGGUUCUGGUGUGGUUGUUGGAGCUGGAGGGAGCGUGUCAGCACGUGCUGAGGGCAUGGGGCCUGCCCCCUGGACACCCAUCCACAAGCUGGGCCACGGAGCCCCAGCUUCUCAGGACACAGCCCCAGAGCUGGCUCAUCCGGAGGGUCUCUGGGGGUGUUUGCCAGGCUCCUGGGAUGGGCCGCUUUCAGCAGCUCUGCAGUGCCUCCAGAUGCAAAGGCGGGCCCGGCCUCUCGUUGGGUCUGCAUUUUGGAGAGUCCACACCACGGACCGUUUUCCCCCAAGGCUUGGCUUUGCGUAGCCACUAACUUCUUGGGGCGUUCUGAGAAUGUGGGCGGAGCAGAACUAUGUGGCCUCAUCCUCCCCCAAGGCUGUGCUUGCAGCGGGGCACCUUCCCACUUUCUAGCUGUGGAGAGCUUGGAUUUUGCUUUUGUAAACACAUGAAUCCUUAUGAUAAAAGUCUGUCAGAAAUACAUUUAUAAAUUAUUUAAUGCCAGUCGUCAUGCAACCUCAGGUAUCUUCAGCUUGUGGAGAAUAAAUCUGGUUUAAUAAA